GUCUCUCGUCGUCAUCGCCGGGGUGGGCUGCAGUGUGAGGAGGAAGCCGUGCGGGAGAGGCCGGACGGAGCCCAGCUGCUCUCCAGCCGUCAUACAGCGGGGGGAGGAAUUUCUCGCCCCCAGCAGUCCUUCUCGGCAGGUAAGACAGAUCAGAUCUUAUCGGCCGUAACUCCUUCCCCGCCUGGGCCCCCCGAGCCUCACACCGGGCCUCACAACAUGGCGGCCGCCGCUGGGCCUCUGCCGACCGCGGCACCGACUGACGCACCCCGUAUUGACCGCUCCAGGGCCGGCCAUUACCCGCUAGUCCCGUGUUUACCCUCAGAGACCCGAAUUACCCGGCCCUGAUCGCUGGGGACCUUCCCGGGCUGGGGGUAUGUGACCUUGUUUGUGAGGUGUUAAUGGCCGGUGAGAGCUAUCCGUGCUGCCGUGUGGUGCGGAUACUGCGGGAAGAAACCCCCAUUCAUUAACCCGGGGAGGGAGACGGGGCAGACCGAAUACGACGGGCUCCGUGCGGGGAGUCAAAGCUACGGACUGUCGGCAGCUAACCGCCAGCCGGGGGGAGAGUGAGGGAUCCGGCAAAACACGGGGGAUCCGGCAGGCCUGGCACUGCUCGCUAUAGUAGUUAUAACAUGGCACUGCAUGGCACCGCCCGCUAUAGUUUAUAACAUGGCACUGCCGGGGGGGAACAUGGCACUGCCGGGGGGUGCAUGGCACUGCCGGGGUGCAUGGCACUGCCUGGGCAUGGCACUGCCCGCUAUAGUAGUUAUAACAUGGCACUGCCAGGGGGGGGUGCAUGGCACUGCCAGCUAUAGUAGUUAUAACAUGGCACUGCCAGGGGGGGGUGCAUGGCACUGCCAGCUAUAGUAGUUAUAACAUGGGGGGGUGCAUGGCACGGCCAGAAUCUAGUCUGGGAUAGAUGUGUGAUGGGAAUGGUAGUCCAAUUCUUCAAUGGGUUACAUGGCGUGGUUUGGAUAAUGGGAAUUGUAGUCAUGCACUAGACAGCCGGCUGAUGUCUUGCUCUCAGGUGGUUUGUAGCAUUAGGUUGUUGUUUUUUUUUUUUCAGUUGUACAGCGCUGCAGUAAAUGUUGGCUAUAUAUAUAUAUAAAAACACCAUAUCCCAUUGAUGUAUGUGCACAUGUAAUUCCUCCACCUUUUUUGGGGGCUGAUUGAAGUUUCAUUUUAAUGUUGUGAUGAUAUUUCCAUGUUUUGGUGUUAUCCAUUAAAAAUGGUGUAUUUUACAUUUUUAGGCUUAUUUUGUUUUAUGUCUUGCAAUGUUAAUGUCCUUCAAGCUCCUCUGUAGUGAAUGAUAGUGGUUUUUUUUUACACGUUGUAUUAUUUCCCUGGUUAACCAAUGCAUGGCACUCUUCUCUCCGCAGCCAGUUAAUGUCAUCCCUGCUACUCCCCCUUGGUGUCUGUAGCCCUUGUUUGGAUGGAUGGGGGGUGGAGUAGGAUAAGUGAUGGCUCCAUCAUGUGAUCUGUAUACCCAGGGAGGCUGAUGCAAGCGGCCUGGGUGUAUGAGAUGGGGAGGAUUGCAGGGACCAUCCCUUGAUGCUGGGUUAGAUGUGCAGUGAAGGACUGGCAUCUCAUGUCCUCCUACGGGCAGUCAUUAGCCUGAAAUCAACCCUCUCCUCCCAUUCCCGAUGUUGGUGGGGGAGGGGCUGUGAGCAGACAUUUUUAUUUUUUUCAGUCAUGCUGGGUUCAUGUGAGGUGAACUGCUGCUCCAAAGAGGGAGGAGGUGCAGGAAAGGAUGAUGUGCAUGUAGUGAUUGGGGUGCACAUUGUGUGAAAUUGAAGAUGUUGUUAAAGUGCUGGUUUGGGGGUGCUGUGUAAAGCUUGUACUUAUGUUUUAUUGUUACAUACUAGUAUUUUAAUGCUUUAUUCAUGACUAGUACUGCCACAUUUAAAAAUGGUUGGGAAUAAAAAAAAACAAUAGUAUGAACGUAUAAUCUACUUUACUGCUGUGUGCUUUCAGCUUAAACAUCCCUUCAAAUCCUAAACCAACUGUUUGAUGUUACUGCGUGUAUCUGGUGCAUUGGAUACUGAGAAACAUCAACUUUUUCAACACUAUACUUUAUUUUUAAAAUCCAUAGAAUACAAGAAUUGGUUUCAGAUACAGUGAUUGCAGAGAUAAGUUGGUAACACUGAAUUUUUAGUAACAGUGGGAGAUGAGUAGAUGUAUAUCCAUAGAUAAAUAUUUUUAAAUGUUAUCAUUUUAAUAAAAUUUUGCAUGAGGGCACAUGCUCUCAUAUGGUAUUUUGCAAAUGACCAAACUAUCCUACACAUGCUAGUGCUGUGGAAGUAAGUGGGUUUUAUACUUGCAUAUGUUGCACUAUUCCCCUUAAUGUUUCAGAAACCUUUUUUAAUGAAAAAUUGUAACCUUAAGAAAAGUUACUCCAAACAUCAUCACUAGAGCUUGCUGUAGUGGUUGAUGCUAGGAAUACCCUGGAGCUGUUGGUUUGACACCUACCUUGGAACUGCCUGAUGUGGUCUGGUUGUCUUGACCCUAUCAUAUUUUUUUUUUUAUUAUUUUGACAUUUUUUAUUAAGACAUGUGGAUACAUAACAAUUGUGUGUGUACCUUUUUAAUACCUUCUUCAUGACUAAACAUAGGUUGAUGUGUUUUGGUUACAUUUGAAUUAGACAUUUCAGUAUUGCUUGUUGUCGUUGGGUACAUAAGUAAUGCAUAUUACAUGCCUCAGGCAUUUUGUGGGGAGGUUAGUAUUGAAGGGGGGUUAUUGAAAAGAAAUGGAAAGAGGAGGUGGUUUAUCAGGGGAAUGGAGAAGGGAUGACCCUAGAUUUUCAAGGUGGUUUGGCGGGAUGCCCUGCAUACGUAGGGGAGGAUGGCUAGCAAGUAUCUUCCGUCUGAGUUCCUGGUUGUCUGUGUGCUAGGACCGGGUCUCUUCAGCGCCAACCACGGAUGUCGUUCUUUCCAUCUAUCAGCUAUUAUGUUGUGGGGUUAUCAGUGUGGUUGUUGUAUGUGUCCCAUAUAUGUUUUACCUUUGCUACUGUAGGUCUUGCGCCAAAUUGGUGUUGGUGCAUGGCUUCAUAUGUCCAAUUGAGUGCAAUUUGGUUCCCUAGGUGUGUAUGUGACUGUGUUUCUUUAGACUUCCAGUGUCUCGCUAUUAGGAUAUGUACUGAUGUAAGCGUAUGGUACACUAAUGUCCGGUGAGUUUUGGACAUCCUCUCAGGGAAUAUGUACAACAGGCACAGUGCAGGAUUUUUUUCUACCUGGUGGCAGAGCAUAUCCGACAUGAUUUUGGAGGGCUUGUGUCCAGAGAGGAGCCAGUGUGGGACAUGUCCACCGUAUGUGAAUUAUCGUGCCCACUUCCCUCUCACAACGCCAACACAUGUUCGUGGAGGCAGGCCAAAUUUUACGUAUUUCUUCCGGUACUAAGUACCAACGGUAUAGUAUUUUCCGUUGUAUUUCUAAGUGUUGGGCGCACAAUGUCAUUCCUUUGUGUGCAGUGUAAGCUCUUUUCCACUGGUCUGGGCUCAACUCUGUGCCCAGAUCUGCAUGCCAAGCUUUUUUUUUUUUUUUGUAGUGCUCAAGUGUUAAUGGUUGGCUGUGUAGGAUCAAGUGAUAGCAUGUGGAGAGAGAUUUUAUGUUGGGCUUAUUUGAUAGGCAAAUAUUUCCAAACUUUGAGGUUGGUGCGUUUAACACUCUCGGGGUUAGUGGGCGGGUUGUUUGUUAGUAAGGAUUUAACUUGGAGGUAAGGGAAUAGUAAUUUCGUGGGCAAAUCAAAUUGUUCCUGUAGGCAUGGGAAGGUUUUGAGGUAUUCCCCUUGGUAUAGUACAUGGGUGACGCCCUUUUCAGUCCACGGCUUAUAGUUAAAAGUGGGGAUUAUCAAACUUAUUGAUUGCAGUGGAGCUGCCAUCGGAAUCUUUGGGUGGUUAACCAAUGUUUUCCUCAUCCCAUCCGAUGUGUCUACAAGCAACAGAGUAGUGGGGAGGCCUGGAAAUGGUUUUGGUCUCCCCAAAAGAUUGGGCGGAUGUGGUCCAUGUUAAGCCAAAAGGCUUCUAUUCCUGCCCAUUGUGGGAUAUAAUGGGAGUUGUGUGCUGCUAGCAUAGUGCUCAAUAAUGCUGCUUUGUGGUAUAGAUACAGGUUUGGGAUACCCAGACCACCGUCUGCAACCGGCCUGUGUAGGAUUUUGGCGCCUACCCGGCUUUUUUUGUGUUGCCAUGUGAAUUUCAUGAGUAAUGAGGUGACCGACUUGAGGUAAGUGUUUGGUAGAGGUAUUUGUAGUGUUCUGAAGAGGUAUAAUAGUUUUGGUAGCAAUGACAUUUUGAAUAUUGCUAUGCGCCCCAGCCAUGAGAGGAAUUUUUCCUCCCAUGAUUUCAGGGUAUUGUCGAAGUCCUUUAGGAGUCUUGCAUAGUUUGUGUGGAAGAGUCCUGCAGGUUUUUUUGUGAGUCUGAUUCCUAGGUAUGUUAAGUAGUCUGACCUCCAAUCUAGAAGAAAUGCCUCCUUUAGUCUGUUUCUUGCCUCUUGUCACUCCUAUCGUUAGUGCCUGUGUUUUGGAGACAUUUAAUUUUAUAGUAAGAGUGGUGGCCGAAGAGAUCCAUUUAUCGCAUUAAAUUGGGCAUUGUUAUGAACGGUUGUGUUAAAGUGAGAAGAAUGUCAUCUGCAAAUAUGUUUAGUUUGAAUUCUUUAGCGCCUAGGGGAAUACCAUGGAUGUUCGGGUCUGAUCUAAUUUUGGAUGCCAGUGGCUCCAGGGCCAGUACAUAGAGCAGAGGAGAGAGGGCAUCCCUGUAUGGAGCCAUUAGUAAUGUUUAUUGUCCGUGAGGGGAAUCCUGCAUAGAGGACCUGUGCAGAGGGCGUGUUGUAUAGGGCGUCUACUGCUGCAAUGAAUUGCGUGGGAAAACCGAAUCUGUGGAGUACUCUAUUGAUCCUAUCAUUUUAGCCCUGUGAGAAACCUGAAGUUUUUUUUUUUUUUCCUUAAAGGAUCACUAUAGGGUCAGGAACACAAACCUGUAUUCCUGACUUAAUAAUAAUAAUAAUAAUAAUAAUAAUAAUAAUAUUUCCAAUAGUGUUAAAACCACCAUCUAGCCCCCCUGGGCCUCUCAUGCCUCCAUAAAUAUAGCAAAAUCUUACUGUAUUCAAGUCUGAAGCUGUAGAUUUGCAUGCUGUUUGCCUCAGAAAAACAAGCUGUCUGCUGAUAUCAGCAGAAGUGGUAGCCUGAUCCAAUCACAGUGCUUCCCCAUAGGAUUGGCUGAGACUGACAAAGAGGCAGAUCAGGGGCAGAGCCAGCAUGAUUCAAACACAGCCCUGGCCAAUCAGCAUCUCCUCAUAGAGAUGAAUUCAAUCAAUGCAUCUCUAUGAGGAAAGUUCAGUGUCUGCAUGCAGAUGGAGGAGACACUGAAGAUUGGAUGCAUUUUAGGCAGCCAUGUCCCAGGAAGGAUCUCUAACAGCCAUCUAAGGAGUGUGUACAGUUAAGUUAUUCCUAGCCUUUAAUGUACACACCCUUUUUAUUUUUUAUUUUUUUGUGAAAUGACAGUGUACACAGCAAAAAAGCCUGAAGGUAAUGAUUCUACUUGCACCUGGUGACUAUAGUGUCUCUUUUUAAGGUUAACACCACCUCUAUUGGCUGUCUCUCAGACAGCCACUAGAUGGAGCUACCUGCUAGUAGCCAAGUAAAAAUAUAAUGUUAAAGUAUAAUACACUUUACAUGAGGACAUUUGUCAUCUACAUUCGAUGCAGGGUGCUUUUCAUUGAGUGCUCCUGCAUUGAAGCCUAUUACUGGAGAAGCCCCAUAAAACUGCAUUGAUUUUACUUCGGAGUGUACAUAUUAGGUCCAUAGUAAUCCUCUUGUAAUGCGCCUGGCGGUCCUAGGAGGUAUUAUCGGCAAUAUCGGUAUCUGAAUUGGCCGAUACCGAUAUUGCCGAAAAUACCGAAUAUCGGCCGAUUAUAUCGGCAAAACCGAUAAUCGGUCGAUCCCUAUAAUAAAGAAACCCGUUACACAUUUUAAAACUGCAUUUUACUCACAUUUUAGCCCUCGCAGUUAUCAGUCUUUGUAAGGCUGGCAUGCCUCUCUAGCUGAGACAAUCAAUUUUGAUGGCUAGAGCGCAUGCACAGCCUGUGCAGCACCAGGUCCACAGUAAUCCUCUAUGAGGAGCAUUGGUAUGGCCAUGUCUCCUCCUUGCCAUCACUGGGGGAGUAGAGCCAAUGAACCUCACUGGUGGGAAAAUGCAAGUAGCUCUUUUCUGGAAUUUUUUUUAAUUUUUUUUUCUCCAACCAUUUAGUAGCUAAAAUAAAGCAUUUUUAAAUUGUGGGGAGAUAUGAAAAAGCUGGCUUUCAUUAGUUGCAGAACUAGUUGCUACAGAUACUGUAAAACUGUGUUUAGUGGUGUUUUUUUUUUUCUUCUCAAAAACAGGCUUUGUCCAAUCAGACAUCUCAUGAAAAAAGGCUUGUGGGCAAAUCGUGUGUGUGUGUCAGGUCACUCAUAUAGUUAUGUAUAAUCCAUAUUCCUUAAAAGGACACUCCAGGCAACAAUGCAACUUAAAUGUAUAUGAUUUGUUUUGUCCUCAAUAUUCUGUUCUCUUUUUUUUUCCCUGUUUAAAUCUUUAUAGUGUUUUUUUCCAUUAAAACCAAAAAAAGUUUUACAAAUUGCUGCACCAUAAGCCCUCCUCUUUAGCCACAUUCCCUUACUCAAGAAAGGCUUCCUUUUCAAAAAUAUGCUAACAGCAUGAUGAGCUGAAUCAUCUGAACUACCAAGCAGUCUGCAUUAGAAAAGGAGGGCACCCAGGAAGACAUGAGUAUUGGAAAGCACUGAGGAAUAAGUUGGCACUCUAUAAAUACCUAUAAUAUCACUACCUGUUUGUGGUUUCUCUGACUGCAGCAAGGUUGUGAAUUAAAAGCCGCUCUUGGGACAUAGUUAUGUGCAUACAUUUGAUAAAGAAGUAUUUCUAGCAUGGUGGAUGUAGCAGACAUAUGAUGAAAUAGUCUGCAAAAACUUUGUGUUUUGUGUGUGUGUGUGUGUGCGCAAAAACAUUAAAACUUGUUAAACAAUAAAGCAUAUUGGGAUGUUAGUGUGCAUGCACGUCAAAACGUCAGCAGAGUUUCACUCUAUUUCAGCAGAAGUGCCUUUAGUGGCUGUCAGUGACAGCCACUAGAUGCAUUUAAACUCUGCAAUGUAAAUAUUGCCUGGGUGCCUUUUUAGUGGUCCUUUUUUAAGUGUUAAAAAAAAAGAAAAAAAAGUGGCACUUCCUAAGUGGAAAGCUCUCUGCCCCACUCUGGGUAAUUUUUUACGUAACCACAAUGGUGGUCAAAAUGUUUAAAACUGAUUUAACCCCUUAAGGACACAUGACAUGUCAUGAUUCCCUUUUAUUCCAGAAGUUUGGUCCUUUAAAGAGUUAAAUGAAAUUUUAUUUAGAAACUUUCUAUUUGGAAAUGCAAUGUAAUACCUCUUACAUAGAGAUGCAGUUUUGAAGGCUGCAGCAUUGCUUCAUUUUUUGUUAGUCAGUUUUAAAUCUAUGCUUCAGCAUUUCUUAUGUUGUGGGAUUCUAAUUAGAUUAUCGAUGGCUCUCUCCUUGGACAUAGAAUUUAGAGGUCAUCCAUGAGCUCCAGUGGGCAGACAGUUGUCCUAAUUCAAUGUAGUUUGGUUUUGUGGCUAUAUUAAUAGACCCUUCCAAUGUUUGUCUUUAUUCUCUGGUAUAUGUGAAUUUUUAGAUCUAGGUAACAAGUCUUUUGGUGUUAAUGGGAACUAUAGCUUUGGUAAUAAAUGUUUGUAUUCCUACCGCUAUAGUCUUUAAUCACUGUUUUUAUUCAGUUCCCAUCCCUAAUAAGGUGCAUUUUUUUUUUUUUUUUCCUCUUAGCGCCAAGACUCACUCGGUGCAUCCACACACUCCUCUCACAAUGUCGUCUGGCAUAGUGUCUAUUCUUUGUCUUUGUCCAAUGCCCUUUGGUAGCAUUGAGACAAGCAGCAAGAGCAUUGGGCUCGUCCAGUCUGGUUUUCAUAGGGAAGCAUUGAAUCCAGUGCUUCCCAAUGAGUAGCAUUUGAUGUCCUCAUGAUUGGUCAGAUUCAGUGUUUGUUUUAGAAGCACCUCCGGCACUCCACAUGUUGAUGCUUUGCCUUUAUUAUGGCUUUAAUAGCAUUAUGGGAGAUUUAGUCCACAUGUGGAGUGGGUAAGGUUGCCUACCCUUCCACUAGAGUAAUUCACAGAGGAUACCGCACUCACACUUAUGAAUCCUAGUUCUUAUCAGAGCCUGGGUUGACAAAACCGUUUAGUAGAUAAAAUACAUUAGAUCCAGGCACUUAGGAUUGUGUAGGCUGAAACGUUGCAGUUUUUGUCCCAAUAAACCUGCCUUUUUGCAGCAAUCCUGAGUGCCUGGACCUAAUUUAUUUAACCCCUACACUAGAGGCAUAUUUGGUCCUGCAGUGUAAGCAUUGCCAUAUCUACUGAACGACAAUUUUUUUUAAAAUUUUUUUAAUUUUUUUAUAUUGCAUGGCAAAAACAAAGGGCCUCUGCUCCCAGACCACUUAAGGGGAAGUGGCUUAGGUGCCUUCUAGUGAUCCUUUAAAUUUCAAACCAGUCUGACAGCCUUGUGAAGAGAUCUCUUCUGGCAUUGUAAAGUAGAAACGGCAAUGCUUUCAUUGCAGGGUUAAAAAGGCCUCUAAUGCCUGUCUUUCUGAUAGCCGCUUCCACUUCAGUAACUUUCAGACUUGGUUAUUUAAUCAAAUGCUUCUCAUAAAGCAUUCACAGCCUGUGCAGCACCAGUCAAAUGCUUUAUGAGAAGCAUUUGAUUAAAUAACCAAGUCUGAAAGUUACUCAAGUGGAAGCGGCUAUCAGAAAGACCGGCAUUAGAGGCCUUUUUAACCCUGCAAUGAAAGCAUUGCCGUUUAUACUUUACAAUGCCAGAAGAGAUCUCUUCACAAGGCUGUCAGACUGGUUUGAAAUUUAAAGGAUCACUAGAAGGCACCUAAGCCACUUCCCCUUAAGUGGUCUGGGAGCAGAGGCCCUUUGUUUUUGCCAUGCAAUAUAAAAUUUUUUUUUUUAAAAUUGUCGUUCAGUAGAUAUGGCAAUGCUUACACUGCAGGAUCAAAUAUGCCUCUAGUGUAGGGGUUAAAUAAAUUGGUUCCAGGCACUCAGGAUUGCUGCAAAAAGGUAGGUUUAUUGGGACAAAAACUGCAACGUUUCAGCCUACACAAUCCUGAGUGCCUGGAUCUAAUGUAUUUUAUCUACUAAACGGUUUUGUCACCCAGGCUCUGAUAAGAACUAGGAUUCAUAAGUGUGAGUGUGGUAUCCUCUGUUUGUGAAUUACUCUAGUGGAAGGGUAGGCAACCUUAUCCACUCCACAUGUGGACUAAAUCUCCCAUAAUGCUAUUAAAGCCAUAAUAAAGGCAAAGCAUCAACAUGUGGAGUGCUGGAGGUGCUUCUAAAGCAACCACUUAAUAUGACCAAUCAUGAGGACAUCAAAUGCUACUCAUAGGGAAGCACUGGAUUCAAUGCUUCCCUAUGAAAACCAGACUGGACGAGCCCAAUGCUCUUGCUGCUUGUCUCAAUGCUACCAAAGGGCAUUGGACGAAGACAAAGAAUAGACACUAUGCCAGACGACAUUGUGGGAGGAGUGUGGAUGCACAGAGUGAGUCUUGGCGCUAAGAGGGAAAAAAAGCAAAAAAAAAAAUAUGCACCUUAUUAGGGAUGGGAACUGAAUAAAAACAGUGAUUUAAAAACUAUAGCGGUAGGAAUACAAACAUUUAUUACCAAAGCUAUAGUUCCCAUUAACACCAAAAGACUUGUUACCUAGAUCUAAAAAUUCACAUAUACCAGAGAAUAAAGACAAACAUUGGAAGGGUCUAUUAAUAUAGCCACAAAACCAAACUACAUUGAAUUAGGACAACUGUCUGCCCACUGCAGCUCAUGGAUGACCUCUAAAUUCUAUGUCCAAGUAGAGAGCCAUCGAUAAUCUAAUUAGAAUCCCACAAGCAUAGAUUUAAAACUGACUAACAAAAAAUGAAGCAAUGCUGCAGCCUUCAAAACUGCAUCUCUAUGUAAGAGGUAUUACAUUGCAUUUCCAAAUAGAAAGUUUUUAAAUAAAAUUUCAUUUAACUCUUUAAAGGACCAAACUUCUGGAAUAAAAGGGAAUCAUGACAUGUCGUGUUCUUAAGGGGUUAAAUCAGUUUUAAACAUUUUGACCACCAUUGUGGUUACGUAAAAAAUUACCCAGAGUGGGGCAGAGAGCUUUCCACUUAGGAAGUGCCACUUUUUUUUCUUUUUUUUAACACUUAAAAAAGGACCACUAAAAAGGCACCCAGGCAAUAUUUACAUUGCAGAGUUUAAAUGCAUCUAGUGGCUGUCACUGACAGCCACUAAAGGCACUUCUGCUGAAAUAGAGUGAAACUCUGCUGACGUUUUGAUGUGCAUGCACACUAACAUCCCAAUAUGCUUUAUUGUUUAACAAGUUUUAAUGUUUUUGCGCACACACACACACACACACACACACACACACACACACACACACACACAAAACACAAAGUUUUUGAAGACUAUUUCAUCAUAUGUCUGCCACAUCCACCAUGCUAGAAAUACUUCUUUAUCAAAUGUAUGCACAUAACUAUGUCCCAAGAGCGGCUUUUAAUUCACAACCUUGCUGCAGUCAGAGAAACCACAAACAGGUAGUGAUAUUAUUGGUAUUUAUAGAGCGCCAACUUAUUCCGCAGUGCUUUCCAAUACUCAUGUCUUCCUGGAUGCCCUCCUUUUCUAAUGCAGACUGCUUGGUAGUUCAGAUGAUUCAGCUCAUCAUGCUGUUAGCAUAUUUUUGAAAAGGAAGCCUUUCUUGAGUAAGGGAAUGUGGCUAAAGAGGAGGGCUUAUGGUGCAGCAAUUUGUAAAACUUUUUUUGGUUUUAAUGGAAAAAAACACUAUAAAGAUUUAAACAGGAAAAAAAAAGAGAACAGAAUAUUGAGGACAAAACAAAUCAUAUACAUUUAAGUUGCAUUGUUGCCUGGAGUGUCCUUUUAAGGAAUAUGGAUUAUACAUAACUAUAUGAGUGACCUGACACACACACACGAUUUGCCCACAAGCCUUUUUUCAUGAGAUGUCUGAUUGGACAAGGCCUGUUUUUGAGAAGAAAAAAAAAAAACACCACUAAACAGUUUUACAGUAUCUGUAGCAACUAGUUCUGCAACUAAUGAAAGCAAGCUUUUUCAUAUCUCCCCACAAUUUAAAAAUGCUUUAUUUUAGCUACUAAAUGGUUGGAGAAAAAAAAAAAAUUCCAGAAAAGAGCUACUUGCAUUUUCCCACCAGUGAGGUUCAUUGGCUAUACUCCCCCAGUGAUGGCAAGGAGGAGGCAUGGUCAUACCAAUGCUCCUCAUAGAGGAUUACUGUGGACCUGGUGCUGCACAGGCUGUGCAUGCGCUCUAGCCAUCAAAAUUGAUUGUCUCAGCUAGAGAGGCAUGCCAGCCUUACAAAGACUGAUAACUGCGAGGGCUAAAAUGUGAGUAAAAUGCAGUUUUAAAAUGUGUAACGGGUUUCUUUAUUAUAGGGAUCGACCGAUUAUCGGUUUUGCCGAUAUAAUCGGCCGAUAUUCGGUAUUUUCGGCAAUAUCGGUAUCUGCCAAUUCAGAUACCGAUAUUGCAGAUAAUACCUUCUAGGACCGCCAGGCUCAUUACAAGCGCUUACUCACCUCCCAGCAGCUCCUCCAGCUCCCCAGUGUAACUCUCGCGAGACCCGUGGCCGUGAGAGCGUUGCCAUGGAUCACCAUGGCAACGCUCCGCAACACGCUGGCCGCGAGAGUUGCACUGAGGAGCUGCUGGGAGGUGAGUAAGCACUUGAUGCCCGCUCAGCCAAUGCCACUGGACCACCAGGGACUGUCAUAUUCCCCCCCUCCCUGGCCAGGCAACAAGCAGGGAGGGGGGACAACAAACAAAAAAUAAUUAAAUCUAAAAUAAUAAUAAUUUAAUUAAAAAAAUGCCCCUUCACACACACACUCCAUUAUAUACACACACUACACAAACACACUGUGUAUAUAAUGCAGUGUGUAUACACUGCAUUAUAUACACACAAACACACUGUAUAUAAUGCAGUGUGUUUGUGUAGUGUGUAUAUAAUGCUGUGUUUGUAUAGUGUGUGUGUAUACAAUGCACACAAAUACACACACUGCAUUAUAUACACACAAACACUGAAUUAUAUACACACUACACAAACACACUGUAUAUAAUGCAGUGUUUGUGUAGUGUUUAUAUAAUGCACACUACACACACACACUCUGCAUUAUAUAAACACACUACACAAAUACACACUACACAAAAACACACACUUUGCAUUUAGUAUAUACAGCAUUCACUUUAUGCACACUACCCACACACUACACAAACACUCUGCUUUCAUUAUAUACACACUACACUAAUACACACUGCAUCCACUACACACACUCGACAAAUACACACUGCAUCCACUACACAAACACACAUUGCAUCCUCAACACACACUACCCUAACACACAAUGCAUCCACUACACACACUACACAAACACACACAUCUCCCCUGUCUAAACACACUGCAUCCACUACAUGUGGCAUGUAUAUUUUGUGCAUUUACCUUUUUAUAAAUAGUUUUUAUUUUCCAAAAUGGUAAAUGUACAGAAUAUCGGCAAAUUCUAUUGGCCUGAAAGUUCAGAGUAUCGGUAUCUGCUCUAAAAAGAAAUCAAUAUCGGUCGAUCCCUACUUUAUUGCCAGUAAAACAAAGCUGUUUUCCUGGCACUAUAGGUCCCUAUAGUGCCUAACUCCCGUGGCUCUCAAGGGGUUGAAACCCCUUCAGUCACUUACCUGAAUCCAGUGCCGAUGUCACUCAGCGCUGGGUCAGGCUCUGUGGAGCGUGAGAAUGUACAUUGUCGGAUACCACAUCAAAGGUCCGUUUCAAACCAGGAAGCCCUUUAGUGGCUGUCUGGUAGACAACCACUAGAGGUGGAGUUAACCCUGGAUAGUAAUUAUUGCAGUUUCUCAAUAACUGCAAUAAUUACUAUUGCAGGGUUAAGAGACAUUGCACCCAGACGAGUUCAAUUAGCUGAAGUGGUCUGGGUGCCUACAGUGUCCCUUUUAAAAUUGCAGGCUCCAUCUCACUGCUAUUAAUUGAAAAACCUCAAAAAACUACACAAACAUAGUUGAAAUGUUCAUGUUGCAAAAUAAGCAGUCACCAAUUAAAUGUUUCAAUUAAUAUUUCUCCACUUUGCAAAACACUUUAAUUUCCUCCUUUUUUUUUUUUUUUUUUUUUAACCCACCUAUGCUCAACGCUUUUUCUGUGCUAGCCAGUGUUAUGAUGCAUAUUUUUGUGAUUUGGUCUGAAUGCGAAACUUUUUGACUAAGGUUUUGAAGAAAAUGUAUACUAAUAUUCCAUAUUGGAAAGUCCUAAUUCUUUCCAAAACUUCUACUUUUUCACCUCCAUGUAUACAGUUUAUGUAAGGUUAAAACUGUACCUAUUCCUGAAUGAUGCUCAACAAAGGGGCAGUUGGUCUGCAUUCGGUUUACAAAUGCAUUCUUGUUUAUCUUCAUUCACAAGUGAGACUGUUUUCUGGGUGAGGUUGGUUAUUGUUGAGGUCCAUUUUGUGUUUAAUACCUGCAGCAAGUUGUGCCUACAUAAUCUUUAUAGUUCGUAAGUAGAUCUGAAUGUGUGGUUUGUUGGCAACAGAUCAUGUGAUGGGUAGAAUAUAUUAACUUAUAUCCAACCACUAUCCCAUUAGUAACUCCCCAUUCAUAGAAAAACUACAUACUUUAAUUUUUAUAAAUGGGGUUCUACUGAUUUCCUUAAACAGUCAGCCGACUGCUUUCGAUAAUGAGUGUUACCCCAUGCUUCCUGAAAGUUAAUUUCGGAAGACAGAUGCUGCUGAGGGAAUUGGAGAUCUGGCGCUGGAGGAAACCUUUGAGAAUGGUACAGGUAAGAAAGCACACAGGGGGGCCUCCUGGCACCAUACAAACUUGGUUUCAAUUAAGUAAUGGUGCCAAGUGUUCACACAUACAGACUCCAGGCACCAUGAUCACUUAAUCACUGAAAUGAUUAUAGUGCUAGGAGAAACCUUUUAACUUGUGCAGUUCUGUGCAUACAGAACUACAGGAGAAAAUGCUGUGCAGAUGUAUAGCUAUUCUGUCAGAUGCCAUGGUUGCGCACACAUUGCCAACGGUACUACAAAGUCUAUGAAUAAAGGAAGUGCAGUGGAGGUAAGUCUGUCAUGUUGUUGUUCUUUUUUGUUUGCGUUUUUUUUCCUCAUUUGCUUUACUUGUCGUGUUAAACUCCGAACUUGCGAGUGAAGGCAUAAGGAACUCUCACUUCUUUAGAAGUGGCAGUUUCAAUUAUGACUUGCUCCUCAAAAGCAAUAUGUUUUCAGAAGAAAUAAAUAAUUGGAGACAGUUGUAGGCUUUUGAACAAAGCAAAUGUUUCUUUGAAGCUAUGACUCUGCAAUUCGUAUAUAUCACACUAUUUACCAUUCUAUCAUUAUUUUGGGUGUCCUGUACAGCUCAAAAUAGAACUCACUACACAGAAAUCUGUAUGUCACUAUUUGUAUGAAGAGGCUCAAUGCUUGGUAUUAUUGUAGAUUUUCAUAAAUCACUGAUAACGGCAUCAUACUUGUAGAGAUGGCAUGUAAAAAUGACAGUGGUUUCUCUUUUCCCUCUGUAGGUUCUGCCUUAAAGGUAAUCCGUCUAUCAAUGUGAAGUUAUGAAGCAAGACACAUCUCCAUGUGUGACCUAUUAAGAUGCUUUUGUAUAGCUCUGCCUGAUGAAUAGCAGGUCUCUUGAAGACUAAUGUCAACAAGUAUAAAUGGUCUUCCUGGAUUGUAAGCGUUUAACCAGAUUCCUAGAAUGAAGAUCCCCUUCACGUGUUAAACAUCGUACCAAAAUGCUUCAUGUUUUAGGCAUGCCAACCACCUAGAUUCAUGCGCCCUGUCUGUACAGUUGUGGAUGGUUUACCAUCAGGAGGAACAGUAAGCUCAUUUCCUGGCCCGUUUUCUGUAUCUGAAAUGUCGAUUCUUCGCGCCUUAGGCCCAGUCCAGACAUGGCUGGGGCAAGAGUUGGAGAAAUGUGGUAUCGAUGCAAUGAUAUACACAAGAUAUGUUUUGAGUCUUCUGCUUCAUGACAGCUACGACUACGACCUUCAGGAACAGGUACACACAUCUUCUAGCGAUUAAUAUUAAUUGUUGCUGGCAUCCAUGUGUAUAGUGGUGUUGGUUUAAAAAAAAAAAAAAAAAAAAAUACCUUUCAGUGUUUUACCUACUUUAUCUCAACCGAAGCCAUGCUGGGAAAUGUAGUUCAGAAACCUCUUUAUAUCAAGAUUAUCCAUUACAUAUUUGAUGUCUACAUCUGUUACUGAUGUUCUAUAAUAUAUUACAUUCUUUUAUUUUAUUUUUUUUUGUAACAGGAAAAUGACAUCUUUGUGGGCUGGGAGAAAGGAGUUUGCAAGAAGUCAGGAAAAGGCAAGAAAAAGAACUCUGACCUCUCUGUGGAAGAAAUGAAGAAAAAGGCUGCAGUCCAAUGUUUGCUCUCAGCUUCUGAGGAAGUAAGUUGGUUUUAAGGAAGUUUUUAGUAUACCUCACUACUUGACAGAUCUCAGGAAAUGUAAAUAACCAAUUGAAGUGUUGCUUAUUGUGCCAGAUAGUAUAAAUUUUUUAACCCCAUAACGAUGUUAUGGUGUUCUAUGCUGUUCUACAUAAAGCUGGCAUUAAACUUUAGUGUGAGCAGGGUUAAAUCACUGCUCAUGCCAGGGAGUCCCAGGUAUCAUUGGAUACCUGGAGCUCCCCUCUGUGGCCAUUUUUAGUACCCCAGACUUUUUGAUGAGCGGUUUUUAAAAAGGAAUUUAGAUGCCUACUUGGAGAUCGCGAUAUGAGCAGGGUUAAAUCACACCACUAAUACCAGGUGUCAGUGGAUACUUGGGGCGUCUGUAAGUCAGCUGGGGCCAUUUUUAGUGCUCCAGACUUGCUGAUAAGCUCUGUGAAGCACUGUAAUUCAGCAUUACACAGAACCCUUAAAUUCAAUUUGGGGAAUCGUAGCGGAGCGAUCGUACUCGGCCCCAUUUUUUUUUUUCUGGGGGUGCAGACAGUUUGGUUAGACCCUGGCAGGUUCUUCUAGAUGAUUGGGACCGGAGCUGGCCUUUGCCAGCUGCCCAGCACCAAUCUUUAUAUCCACGACUCUGACAUAUUACUUUAAUUCCAAAAGCUGUCCGUAGUAGUAAAACCCACUUCUAAUUUCAGAAUUGAUAUUAGCAGUAAGUUACCUUAAGGUUGGGGUAAGGUAAAGGUUAAUGUUUUUUUAGGGUUAAGAUUGUGUAUGGUUUAGGGUAGGCAAUUCAGUUGGUUCGUGUAUGGUUUAUAUAGCGUUUGUGUUGGGGGUGUUGGUAUAGCGUUAACAUUGACUACAAACAAUUUAGAUUCUAAACUUGGGCAUUUAACAGUCAGAACUGAUAUAUUAAUCUAUUCUUGUUAGCAUUUUGGUCUGGUCUAACAAAGCUAUAGCUCAAAUUAAAGUUUUUGGUUCAGAAUGUUGACCAUUGGCUCUGUAAGGGGUUAACUUCCUUUUUUUUUUUUGCGGGUUGUUUGUUUUGUUGUUUGUAAAAGGUUUGACAGCUUUCUUUGCUAGGAGAAGCUACUUGCGGAUCUUUAGUUCAGUCCUUCUUGAAAUGUAUCACAGUACAAUAAAUACAUGCUGUUUAAAAAAAAAAAAAAAAAAAUCCUUCCAUUAUAUAAUCUAUCUUUAAUACACUAUGGCAAGGUUAGGCAACUUUUGGCACUCCAGAUGUUGUGGACUACAUCUCCUUUAAUGCUGUUACUGCCAUAAUGCUGGCAAAGUAUCAUAACAUCGGGAGUGCUGAAGGUUGCCUAACACUGCACAAUGGCUUGUGCUCUCAUGAAUACAGAGCAAAACGUGAAACUGUAACAGUCCAGUAUUUUGAUAUUGCACCUUUGCUCCAGUGGUGGAUGCAGAUAAAACAUAAACAUUGGAAUUUUUUUACAUAAAUGCUAGUUUUAAGGUUCAGAAUUUCCACUUGCUUUCUUCCCCAUUGGUAAGUUUACAUUUUAAGCUCUGGGAUGUAAGGGCUAGGGUUUGUUGGCAAAGCUUUCUGCUCCUGUGAUCUGUACUUCGUGUUAGGCAGCCACAAGGAGCUUGGGUUCCUCAUCUGUUAUAAGUCUCUCCUGGCUGCAGACUGGAAACCACAAGAGAAUUCUACUGAAUACUUUAACACGUGAAGGAAAUUUUGGCAAAUGUGAACAUGACGUUGGGACCUGCGUGUCAUGUCUAAUUACAUGACCUUAUUUGCCUACAUAUGCUCAUGGGUUCCUUUUUAUUAAAAGCUUUGAUUAAAAAAAAAAAAAUGGACAUUUCAUGUGCUAGAUGUUGCAUAUAAAAUUUACCUUAAUUUGUGUAGGUGUGUAAUAGCCAAGGAUAGUAAAUGGCUCUAAGCACUAAUUUGUUAAUAUAGUGUUCAGUAUAUGACUCCCUUCAGUUUGAAAAGAACUUGCUUGAACCCCUUGUCCUGAUAUUUGCUGUGGUGUUCUUUGAGAAAUGUUUGUUUAGAAUAGUUGUAAACAAAAUGUUAUGCUGUAAGCAUAUCUAUACCAGUGAUCUCAAAAUUUCAUUUGUAUGCGAUGUAUGUGCUAGAUAUGACUUGGUCCAUUAUCCUUAGUACUGUGCCAAUCCAUUUUCCUGGCACUGCAGGUCCCCUCUCCUUCCCACCCCUCCCCCCAACCCCGGUUGAAGGGGUGAAAACCCCUUCAGUAAUUUACCAGAGGCAGCGACUAUGUCCCACGUCGCUGCUUCUUCCUCCACCGCCGCUCCUCCCAGUGAUUGAGUCGGCCGGUGGGCGAGACUGAUCCCGCCCACCGGUCGGGGAGACCUAAUGCCCAUGUGCGGCAAUGCCGCACAUGCGCAUUAGAGCUCCCCAUAGGAAAGCAUUGAAAAUGCUUUUCAAUGCUUUCCUAUGGGGAAAUGAGCGAUGCUGGAGGUCCUCAGACAGCUAAGUGCCCUCUAGUGGCUGUCUAGUAGACAGCCAGUAGUCUAGUAGACAGCCACUAGAAGUGGAGUUAACCCUGCAAGGUAAUUAUAACAGGAUAUAUAUAUAUAUAUAUAUAUAUAUAUAUAUAUAUAUAUAUAUAUAUUUAUAUAUAUAUAUAUAUAUUAAUAUUGCAAUAAUAAUUACACUUGCAAGGUUAAGGGUAGUGGUAGUUGGCACCCAGACCACUCCAAUGGGAAGAUGUGGUCUGGGUGCCUGGAGUGUCCCUUAUAUAGAUUUCCCGUGAUGGUUACUUGGACAAACGGUAAACUGUCCAGAUGUUGCCAAUACUGGCUUAUACAUGUAUAUCUUACCCUAACACCGUGCUUGAUUGCAUUGAUAAUCUUUUAACAGUCCUAAUAUAAGCAAACUGGAAACCUGUUUUUUUUUUUUUUUCUCUUCUCAAAAUACCUGAGCCACACUUUGCACACUUACCACAAGUGAACUUUCAUUUGCCAAGGUCUAGCAACUAGUGUGAAUUAUGUAAUAAAAUAUAUGUAAUUAUAACAUAAAUCAGGCACUCUUGCUUCCCAUUGUGCGAACUCCAUCCAUACACCUUUUUUAGAUUUGUGAUACAUUUUGUGAUGCAAUAGGUGUCAGGGUGAGUCACGCACAGUUACCUCGUGCCUGAACAGCUGACUCCACACAACAGCUGCCUAAUCCUUCCUUCUCUUUGACAGCAGACAUUCCAGGAAAGCAGUCUGUCUCAUCACAUUGUGUGUGUGUGUGUGUGGUUUGGAUUUUUUCCUUUUUUUUUUUUUUUUUAUACACGUUACAAAUAUCUGACAUUCAAACAUAGCAGUGGGUAGCUACUGUUUGCUUACGACUAGAAAUCAGAUGCUGCCCUUGUUCACAUUGUUUGUAAGGAGUAAAGUAUGGUAGUGGAACCAUAAUUAAAUAUAAAAAUUCAGGUUGUUUAAAAUAUUUUAAACAGGCAGCCAAAUAUAUAAGUCAAAUUCAUUAGACCUGGUUACACAUCAAAAUGGGUAAACACUUAUUCAUGGCUUUUAAUGAAGCUGAGAUGUGGAAUAGAGAUAGGGAAGACACAAUUUAAUUAUUUUAAGUGAUUAAAGAUUGCUGAAUAGCAAUUGCCACAAACACUGAAUAUAUUAACAUUUCACUUACAGAUUAACUAAAUAGUAAAAAGAACAAACUCCAAUAUAUGACCGUUUUAUAUUUUGUUUACUAGUGCACUGUCAUUUUCCUAAUGUUGGUAGGUGCAUCUUAUCUUUUUGUGGAAAGAUAAUAAGAGGAGUAUUCGGUUUAUAACUUUGGUAUGGUAACUGCUCCAUAAUUGAUGGGGGGGGGGGGGCUGCAGUAAUCUGUCAGCGAUCUGUAUAUGACUGACUUUCUGCACUCUGUCUCUUGAUGACCAACACCCCUCUCCAACACGAUCUUCUUCCCUACCACUCGGUGACAUAGGAUCAAAUAGCAUGAUCAAUGUUGGCAGUUGCUAGGAGUGUGACACAAAUUGUUUCUCUCUAAAAUCUCACUACUUCUGUCAUAGUAAGAAACUAGGGAAGCUAAAGAUCAAUGUUUAUCAGCCAUAUGAUUUUAUUACUGUGUUAUACUGCUGAGCAGUUCAGAUUUUUGUAUUGGGGUGUGGGGAAGCAAAGACUUUGUUAGACUUAGAAAUAGUCUCUCGUGUAUAUCAGUCUAUUGUGUAUAAUGGUUUAUUACGGUGUUUUUUUUUAUUUUUAUACAUCUUGUAUGCCUUGUUGCAUGGUGUCUUUGCAAAGACAGUGCUUUUGCUUAGUCAUUUUAACCUUUAUAUAUAGCUACACAUGCUGGUGAGUCACACCUGACCUGCAUAAUGAAGUAGAUUUCAAUCUUUUACCAUUCCACCAUAAUAGAAUAAAGUGUGGCUUAGAAAAAUACUUAACCCCUUAAGGACAGAGCUUCAGAAGCUUGUCUUUCACUUAAUGACAACAGGAUUUUUUGCUGUUUACGUUCAACUGCAAUUUGCAUUUUACUAAUUUAUUGCACCGACAAACAUUAUAUACCUUUUUAUUUUUUUUUCAAAGGAUAGAAAGGGCUUUAAGUUGAUGUAUUAUAUAUGCUUAUUUAUUAUAAAAAAAAAUACAGAAAAAUGAAAACAUGGGGUUUUUUGUUUUGUUUUUGCAAUAAUAAUGUGUGCACAAUUAGUGCAGGUUAAGGAAAGUAAUUAAAAAUAAAUUCUUUUAGUUAUGAUUUACAGAAUAUAUAAUGUGUCUGGGAUUUUAAGGUUUUUUUUUUUUUUUUUUUUGGUAGUUACAGGUCACAAAGCACAAGGAGUAAAAUAAACUUUUAAUGUGGAGCGAUUUUAGAAUUAUGUUUGUCUUGUAAGCUUAAUAGCCAUAAAAGAAAACAAAAUUGCCACACAAGUAUAUAUUUAUAUAAAGUAGACAUCACAGGCUAUUUACCUAGGGUUGUUUUGACACUUUCUACGUACAAUACUGUGAUCUGUAUUUUGAUCUCUGGCAGGAAGGCGUUAAUUUUUAUUUGGACUGGCUAAAGGGGGGUGUGGGUUUUUUUUUUUUGUUUUUUUUUUUUCUUAAACGUUAUUAAAAAAAAUUUUUUACUUAAUUUUGAACUUUUUAAAGCUUACCGGUAUUUUAAAACUUUUUUUUAAUGUUAACCCCUAGUUAGCCUAACACCAAAUCCCCCAAUUCCUCACUAACUUCCACCCACCCCAGCUAGCUAAAUUUUAUAAUUUUAAAAUACUUAAAUUAAUCAAAUUUAACCCAUGAGGGUUAAAAAUAAAGAAUUAACCCUUUAAGGGGUUAAAAAUAUCAGAUCAUAGUAAAAUGUAAUCCCUGCCAAUUGAUCACUGUAGUCAGUGAUCAAUUGGCAGGGAACGGGUUAAUUUUUUUUAAUUAAAAUGGGUAAAGGGGGGGUGGGAUUUUAAAUUAACUUUAUUUUUUUUUCCUAACAGGGACAAGAUCAGUGAUCCAUCUCCCUGCACUUCACACAGAACCAGGAAGUGCAGGGAGGUGGAAGGUAAGUAUACUAAGCACAUGUGCUCGCUCUGACACCCUGUCAGAGCGAGCGCCGGUGCUCAGGCUGCCUGAUUGGGUGCUCCCAGUCUGCCUCUAAUACAGAGGCAGACCGGAGCACCAUUAACGCCGCCAUCUGGGGUUAAAUUUACCGCGUAACGGACAAGGUCCGUCACUCGUCGUUAAGGGUUUCCCCUGAGUGACGGACCUUGUCCGUCACUCGUUAUUAAGGGGUUAACUUUAUAACUUUGUUCAUGCUUAAAUAUGUUAAUAUUUAGCAUGAAAAGUGCAUUGCUUGUUCAAUUAAAUUUUAAUUCAUUACGGAUGGUACUAUGGUUUAUAUUUUUUUGCACUUUAUUUUGUGAUUUUUGAACAUGGCAUGUUAUCCUAUUUAUGUACUAAAUAAGGACUUGUCAACUAACUUGUAGAGUUAGGGACUUAAUAGUGUUUGUAGGGAAAAUGGUGUUUGAUUAGGGUUGUACUUUGUCAAAUCAUUUUUGAUCAUGGUACCACUUUUGGGGUGGCUUGAAGCUCAGUAAAAACCACUACUUCAGAUUAUAGUAUUAAUGCUUAAAGCCUUUUUGGAACAUUGGCUUUAACUGGAUCUUGGUGUUAAAAGGUGUUGGCAUGCCUCGCUUUCUUUUCUUUGGAGCAACCUAUCAAAAUCUGACUUUCGGCUUGUAUUGUACUGCCUGGUAUACAUUUGGAAACUCUUUUUUUUUUUAUUAAUGGAACAAAAGCACAAUAACCACUGCUCUGUGCCUUUAGUUAUGGUGGCAGUAGUACCCUGACAUCCAAUAUAAGUUGUCAGACCCUUUGGUUUGACUUCUUAGCUGGUGUCAAAGUCUGCACCUUUUAAAAAGAAAUGUGUGUGUUUUUGUGGGGGGUUUUUAUUUUUAUUUAUAAAUGAAGUAUUACUAAAAUAAAUGUUAGAAAUCUAUUUUUCUUGCAGAUGUGUCUUAAUAGGCUUUUUUAGACUUUAUUCAUUACAUACAUUUUACCUGAAUCGAAAGCUAAAUUACAGAAUUAGGCCACUCUAACAAAAUUAUCACAGCUUGGAUUUCUGAGUGUAGUUUUGCAGUGCAGUUUCCUGUUCAAAGUAUUUCCUUUUAACUUGUAAGUGCAGCGCCAAAAAAUUAUUUUACAUGCAAAAAUUUGCUUACCCAUGAAACAUCAAUAUGCAGGUCUUGAUGGAAUUUAACAUGAAUGAGAAAACAAAACACUAGUGCAGAUGGUAUUGAACAAAAUGGAAAUAUGCAGACAAAUAUGUGGCUACACUCACAAUAUUUAGAGCCUGGAUGAUAAGGCUCAAUAACGCAAGUGUGCUUUUGUAUUUUUGAUUUUUUUUCAAGUUUCUUUUUCCUUACACUUUGCAGUUUUGUGUGGGUUUUCUUAUUUUGUGUUUUAUGAAACCUAAUCUUGGAGAAAUUCACUUUUUUUUUUCUUUUUUUUUUUCUAGAGCACUGGAAUUGAAACAUUAGUGGAGGAACUUUGCUCUAAACUGAAAGAUCUCCAGAGUAGCCAAGAAGAACAGCUUUCCAUAAAUAAAGGUAACAUUUUUGUUAGAAUAUUUUAUUGUAGUAAAUGUGCUUAUAAAACACGUUAAUGUAGCACUUCUGUUUGUGAUUUUAGAUUUUUAAUUACUUGUGGCAGUUGCCUCAAGCUAUUUGACCUUACACUCAGUGUAGGUGACCAGUAUACAACGGACUGCAAAUUAAAUUGUUUUGCAAGUAUUUUAAUUUUGCAUGAUGCUUGCGUAUUCAAUAAUACAGGGAACUGCACAGAAAUGUGUCCAGGUUCUCCAAUAAAGUGUGUUUUUAUAAAAAAAAAAAAAGUGUAGGUGUCCAGGUUUGUGAUGACAGACAGGAACCGUUCUGGGGAUUUGUCUUUGUAUCCUGACUCACACCAUUUAGAAGGUACCUUGAGUAAGGAUGCUACAUGCAAGUGUUCUCUGCUAUGCCAGCUUUAAGAGGGAGAAAAUGACUUGAGUAAUAUAAAAUGCACAGGUAAAAUAUGUAAUGUUCUUAACUUUACAGAGGAGAAGAGCAACAAGGACCUUGAUCAAUCUGGAUCUCCCGAAGCUGUAUCCCCUGCAGGGAAGGAUCAGAUAGAAAUGUAAGUAAUUUUUCUCCUUUCCUAAGCUGCUCUGAUUUUAUACUUAAAUAUUUAAAACUUGCAUUCAAGCACUUAGGUCCCCUUUGAACAGCUUACCGGCAAAACGUGCGUCGGGGCUCACUGUCGGAUAUCCUCCGCUUCUUACAUUGAUUUCCAUUAAGGUGGUGGUUUUUUUUUUUUUUUUGUUAAUCUGUUUAUUUCGAGUUUUAUCAAGCCAGUGGAGCAUAUUAUGGGCACGCAGGCCCAACUCAGCAGAAUUGCAUAAAAUAGUGUGAUUUCCAUUAAGGUUGCUGACAUUCUGACAUACCUCCUAUGGAAUUAGGCUGUUAGAAAUCUUGGCUCGGGUCUCCUGCACGUUGUAAUAGAUUUAGACCGAUUACAUUUAGUAUUCUUUUAUUAUUGCUGGAGGCUCUGUUAUUAUUCAGGCAGUUAGACUAGUUAUUUGAUUUGCCAUGUGCCCUUGAAGGCACAGAUUGGCUAUCUUUUCAUUCUAUACUAGUCUCUCUGUUAUGCUAGGAAGUUAGACUAGUUAUUGUAUUGAUAGGUGCCCUUGAAAGCAGUUAUUUUCUACUAGUGCUUUCUAGCUCUGUUUUAUUUUUUUAUUUUUAUUUUUAAACACUCUUAGUUCAGUAACUACCUUCUAUUUAGGUAGCACGAUUAGACUUAACUCUCUCUAGUUAAGACUUUGUGUAUAUUGCUGCAGCCGUUAUUGGGACCGAAUACACACAUUCCUUUCUCUUGUAUCUCAAACAGCCAUAUAGGUGAUGUUUACCUUUCACUUGAGAUUGAUACAACUCUCAGGUUGUUGCUAAUUUUUUGUCUGCUUUGGAUAUUGAUUCCAUUUUGCUCUUCAUGUGUAAUAACAAUUUAGACAUCUAAUUGCAACAGUAUCUUUUCUACUGAGAUUUCUUAGCUUGGGCUCUCAAGAGUUUAUAAGCCUAUACUCAUUGCUAAGUGCAUCCUCAAUAUAUAGGUCUCUUAUAUGUGAUUACUGACUACUAUUUUACUCACGUUCCCUCACAUUAUUUUUAUUCUCUAGUUUGUUUGUGUGUACCUACAACUAUUAUUCAUUAUGUUUUAUGAUCUAUCUUUAGCCUAGGACAAUGUAUUUUUGUUUACAUUGAAUUCAUGCAUGCUUCAACUCAGUAUCUUUUCAAAGUUUAGUGGAACUGCAGCUGGAGGAUAGUCUACAUAUAACAUAAAACUAUGCAGCACAUGAACAUAUGGGAUAAAUAUACCAGGAUGGAGAGGCUCAGGAUGGAGCUUUGAGAAAUAUGAAUGUGUUUAGAGCUUGUCCAGUUUUCCUAAAUAGCUGGUUGCAUAAUAGCAGAAAUAGAUGGUGUUGGUUACACUUGCUAUUUCCAUUGCCAGUUUCUCUCCCCCCUCCCCCCUGGUUAUCAGAAUUGUGUAUAGCUGUGUCAAUGGCAUUCUACUUAAAGCUGUAUUCAGAUUUGAUACCUUAUUUACUUAACUGUUAUGAGACAGGCCUACUGGAUAAAAUCUUAAAUUUGAAUUUGUACCAAUGUGCUAUAAUUCUUCUCUCUCUAGGUACUAUGCUGCUUUUCCACCUCUCUCAGAGAAGCCAGUUUGCCUGCAAGAAAUAAGGACUGUGUGGAACAAGUCCAAAGUUUGUUCUUCCAGUUCUUCCUCCUCUUCCACUGCCCCACAAACAAGCACGGAAACUCCAUCCCCCAAGGAUUGCAAUAGUGAAAGUGAAACAAUCAUUACCAGCAUGAACAAUGGAGCUCCUAACACUGUACAGGGAAAGAACCAGCAACGGAAAGGAAAAAUCGAGAAGGAGAACAAGUUAAGAAAUGGCGCAAAUGACGAUAAAACUGCCUUAUGCAAAAGUGUCAGGCACAAAUGUAAUGGAAAGACUCGUGGUAGAUCCUGGUCAUCUGGGUCAAGUGAAGGAGGGUCAAGUUCAAGUGGUAAUCUGGGUGAAACAAAAAUGAGGCUCAUCAAAGUAAGACACAAAAUCCGUGAAGUUAGAAAUAAAAAGGGGAAAACCGGGCAAAGAAUUAAAACAAAAAGCGGAGAGAAGAAAAAUGUUGCAAGCAGCAGUAGCGUAGGUUCUGUCAAACCGCUCUGUAAAAGGGUGAAAAGACAUGUUAAAGAAUGUGUGUGUGAAAAUGAAGGAAAUUGCUUCUCAACAGAAAGGAAAAAGGAUACAGAAUUUAGAGAGGAGCCUUUGUGGUAUACUGAACCAAUCACAGAAUACUUUGUUCCUCUGAAUAGUAGAAGUAAACUAGAGACAACUUAUCGGAAAAGACAGGAUGACUUGUAUAACACUUCAAAGGAAAUUGAAGAGCUGUCUGAAUUUGUACAUGGCCUACAUUUAAAUAACCACAAUAUUCAUGAAACAUACCUCUCAGCGGGUACUUUUAUUGAGGGUCACUUUGUAGAAAUGCCUGCAGUUAUAAACAAGACGAGUGACCACACAGGGACCUCGAACUGUUCUUUUCAAGAGGACAAUUAUUUGGAUGAUGUUCAUCCUCUCGAACUCACACACUUCUACGAAGUGGAAAUUGAUCAAUCCAUGUUGGAUCCUGGUGCCUCAGAUAGAAUUCAAGGUGAAAGUCGUAUCUUAAAUAUGAUCCGACAGAAAAAUAAAGAGACGUGUGACUUGGAGGCAGAAUCUUGCAGAGUGUUAAAUGAAGAGAGUUUGCAAGGGGAAAGUGCAAUAUGGAGAGAAUCAACCAGUUCUAUUGGUACUGAAGGCUUUUUCUUGCAAGACCAUGAUAAUUUGGCUCAAUUUUGGGACUCCAGUUCACCAUCAAGCUCUGCUGAUGCAGAUGGGGAGAGUUUGGGAGGGGACUCCCCAGAUAUAUUUUCCCCUUUUUUAGACAGCACAAAGCUUAGUACACACACGCAUGCAGGCAAUCAAGAUAUAUUUUUUGAUGGAGACAACUCAUAUUUUUCAGUAUUUGAAGUGCAAUGUGGAAAUUCUGUCUUUUCGUUGCCCAUGGAAAAGAUGUUGAAUGAAAUGGGUAAACCAGAGUCUUGUUCCAGCACGAAUGGCUUUGGAAAAACACGGUCUCGGUUACUGAUAUGGACCAAAAAUAGUGCCUUUGAUGAAAAUGAACAGUGUUCGAAUAUUUCAACCAGAACCUGCAGUCCAUGGUCACACUCAGAAGAAGCUAGGUCAGAUACUGAAAAUUGUAACAAUCCUUUAGAAGAGUACAGCUAUGUGUGUGCAGAUAACAAUUAUGUAGUCCCAAGAGUGACCUUAAGUUUCCAAGGUGAAGACUUGGGUGUAGAAUCUUUUCUUCAAAAUGCAAUUUCAGGAGAGGAGUCUGUUGUGGUCACCACCAAGAAAUCAAAGUUGGAGUCUCUGUGUGGCAUAAAGCUAGAGAAAGAACAUCCAGAAAUGUCUAAUAUUACCGAGGUUGGUAAUCCAUGUAUCCAGCCUACAGAUGAGUACAGCUCAGGGGUCAUUAAAGACAUUUGGGUAAAUUUGGCUGAUGGCAAUCUGGAAAAAAUAGAGGAUCAGUUAUUACCAGGAGACAUAAAUGUGUUUAGUUGUCAAGAUGCAGAAGAAACUUUCAAAGAGCCCAAUAAGGCUGUUCAACGAUCAGAAUAUCACCUAUGGGAAGGUCAGAAUGAGCUUCUGGAAAAAAGGGCCUUCCUCCGAAGCGAUUCUUCAAAUAUUGAUGCUGGUGACUAUACCACACCAUCUAAACCCUGGGAGGGUAACCAUGCAAAGGAAAAUUCUUUUCUACUUGGAGGUGUUUAUGGGGAGUUUAAAACCUUUAAUGGUGAAGAUGAAUGGGCUGUUGUCCCACCUAGCAUGGCCAAAGGAAGCUUGCUGGAAUGUGCUACUACAGAUGUUGUUACAAUAGCAGGCACUGAUGUUUUUAUGACUCCAGGAAAUAGCUUUGCUCCAGGUCACAGGCACUUUUGGAAGCCGUUUGUAUCAUUUGAAGAAAACCACCCACCAAAAAGUGGAGAUAAAGGCUUAAACAAAGGCUUUUCUUUCAUACUACAUGAGAAUUUGCUUGGGGCGUGUAAUAAUUUUCAGGUAGAGGAGCCAGGGAUGGGGUAUACUUUCUCUUCUUUUGAUUUGAGCAAUCGUUUUUCACAAGUUCUUCAUGUUGAAUGCUCAUUUGAACCUGGUGGGAUUUGUGCUGGAAGCCCUGGUUUGAAACCAAAAUCAUUAUGUCUGGAUGCAGAUAGUGAUAUUGGCCAUCCAAGAGUUUGUGGUGUUGAGAGAACACAGUAUAGAUCAAUCAGAAUUUCUCCACGGACUCACUUUCGCCCAAUAUCUGCAUCUGAGUUGUCUCCUGGAGGAGGAAGUGAGUCUGACUUUGAAUCCGAAAAGGAUGAGGUGGCUGUGCCUACUAAUAGUGAAGAAGUGUUUGAUGAUCCCCAGAAUGACCUACAGCCACUAGAAGAUGAUGCAGAGAAUGAGGGGCAUUUUUAUGGAAAGGCUGAGUUGGAAUCUGGCAAGUUCCUGCCCAAGCUACAGAAGUCUGGAAUGGAGAAAAGUGCACAGACUUCAUUAGAUUGUCAAGAAGAAUCCUGUUGUGUGUUGUCGGUAGAUAAGGAAGACAACCUAGACUUCAGGAUUAUAGAGUCUUUUGAAAGGGAGGUGAUGGAGGACUCUAAAACGAACUGCAAAAUGCUGGAGUCUGAGUCAAAAAUGGACGAGAGCGCCAGCUAUCAAAGAGCGUUGAAUGCUGUGUCUGCUGAUCCGGAGGGACAAGUAUGUAUGAAACACUUUGUCAUAGUAUUUUCUUUUUUUGUUUUUGUUUAUAUUUAUUAUUAUUGCCAUUCAUAUAGCGCCAACAGAUUCCGUAGCGCUUUACAAUAUUAUGAGAGGGGAUUUAACCAUAAAUAGGACAAUUACAAAUAAACUUACAGGAACAAUAGGUUGAAGAGAACCCUGCUCAAUCGAGCUUACAUUCUAUAGGAGGUAGGGUGUAAAACACAUUAGGACAGGAAUUUGCAAUCAAAUAAGGUGGGCUGCCCUUUAGGAGAGGGCAAGAGACAGGUAUGUGAGGUAGGGGUUAGUCUUGGAGGCCAUAAGCUUUCCUAAA